AUGGCUGGUAUUGCUGCAGGUCGUUUAGCAGAGGAACGAAAAGCGUGGCGUAAGGACCACCCGUUCGGCUUCAUCGCUAAACCAGUAAAGAAUACUGACGGCACAUUAAAUCUGUUUAAUUGGGAGUGUGCUAUCCCUGGGAAGAAGGAUACCAUCUGGGAGGGUGGGCUUUACAAGAUUAGAAUGCUUUUCAAAGAUGAUUUCCCGUCAACGCCUCCGAAGUGCAAAUUUGAACCACCACUGUUCCAUCCGAAUGUUUACCCAUCAGGGACUGUGUGCCUGUCACUACUUGAUGAGAACAAGGAUUGGAAGCCGUCGAUUACAAUUAAACAAUUGCUUAUUGGGAUACAGGAUCUGCUUAAUAACCCCAAUCCUGAUGAUCCAGCACAAGCUGAGGCGUACCAAAUUUUUUGCCAGAACAGGUAUGCUUUUUAA